AUGGCGAGCGAAACAGCAAGCAGUAAUGGAGGCUGUACACUCACACGAGAGGAGUUGCUAGGGACCACAAACCUAAAGGCAAGAGAGUGGCGUCACAUUGAUCCAAAGAUCUGGGACGAUGAGAUCGAAGCCCCAGACGACGAGGUAGACGGAACUGCAGCAACAACGUACAUUGCGCGUGCGAUCGCAGACUACACAGACCGGCCAACAGCAGACGCAGAGCUCUUUGCGGAUCCUCCGCUUUAA